AUGUAUCUUCAUGUUGUGUUUACAGGCAAGAAAACAACAAAGGUAACCCCCAGUACCCCCAGAAGGACCACUCCCACACGGCCCACACCCAGAAGGACCACACCAAGACGGACUCCAACAACACGCAGAACAGUUACAAACAGACCAACAGGAGGCCAUGGAUUUUGUAAUCAUCUGUACAGAAAAAUUGAUGCAACCAUGAGAAUUUCUGAAAACGACUUUGUUUUUGUUGACAAUCGCUAUGUCAUCGACGGUCGAAGUGGACACAAAAUGGGCAUCUCCAGACUCUUUCCAGGCGGCCCUAAUAUGGUACAAGCUGCUGUAUAUUCUCAACGGGCCCGAAAAGCUUACUUAUUUUAUAAUCAAAAGGUCUGGGCCUACAGCCUCAAUUCAGCCGGGCGAUUCCGUUUAGUCCAGAAUUAUCCCAAAUAUAUUACCAACACUGACGGUCACAAUCCAGAAAGUGCGAUGCAGUUCAAUUAUGGCAACGAGAGACUAUUUCUCAUUAAGAAUGGAUUCUUCAUGGAAUUCGAUCCCUACUACGAAAACUUAGCCCCUGGCAGAGGAUAUCGAACACGUGACUUUUUCGCCAAUAUUCCAUAUGAGAUCGACGCAGCCAUUUCUUCCGCUCACGAAAUCUAUUUCAUCGCCAAAAAGAAGGCCUACAGAAUGUCCAGCAGAGACCGGCGGGUUGAUAUCCAAGGAAAACCAGUCAAUUUAGUUUUCAACAAAUGUCGAAAUUAA